AUCACCAUUAGAAUUACGGACUUACUGACUUACAAAUUAAUCAUUUUGGAAUGAGGAUUUUUAUUUACUGAAGUUAGGAUUUAUGAUUGAAAAUUGUUUACUUUAAUAUGCUUUACAAGAAUUUCUGUCAAAUAAAUAGUGAUAAAUAAUUUCAAGGAUAAAAAUUCUAUUAAGUCAAAUGAAUAGACAAAGGUGAAUUGAAUAGACAACGGCAAAUCUCAUGUUUUUAAUUUUGCCUUUAAGAUUUGUUUUUUUUCUCAACACUUGUGUGCUUAUACGAGAUGGAGAUAAUAAGAAUUUUUAUUUCAAAUUAGGAUUCAGGAAAUAAAAAGGUUAGAAUGAAUUUAGAAGAAGUUGAAAACGGACGUGAUGAAGUGGAAGACAUUGAAACAGAAAGAGUGAAAAUGAAGAAAACAGGUUGUUCAGUCAGUGUAUAUGAUGGCAGAAAAUGGCCAGUGAUCCACUGUGGUGAUGUGAUUGUCUCCCCUGAAGAAAAAGUUUCUGAUGUGAAGACCAGUAUAGUCUCGGGGAAUAUUUCAAAAGAUAAAAGGAAGAAAAGUUCAAAAUAUGCUCUAGCUGUAGCCUCUAGUUUUGGACAUGUUCAUGCUUUUCUACAAGAUGAAGACUUUGUUAUAGACAAGAUAGAUAGUACGACAGCUGAAGAGAAAUGUUUGAUGCUGAUUAAAAAACCAAAAUCUUCAUCAAAGAAGAUGUUUAAAUCACAAAGUUGGGCCAAUUUGAGUCUGUCUGACUCCCAUCUGUACAACCAACCGAACUACAACACAGAAGGAAGAAAACAUAAAUAUAGGAUGAGGAGAAAGCCUUCAGAUCUACAGACUGUACCAUCAGAGAGUAUGAUGAACUUAACUGAUUAUGGAUUACGUGUAGACUCUUAUAUUCCACAACAGAGAGACAUAAAAAAUCGUGAUUCUAGAAGUGGACAUAACAGAUUUUCUGGAGUAGCCUCCCCUCAGUCGUGUCAUAGUGAUGACGUAACAUAUAGAAAAGGAAAGUCAUGUCAUAGCGAUGACUUAACAUAUAGAAAUGGAAAUAUGAACGGAAAUACAGAAAUAAACAAUAACAAGUUGGCCAGUCAGACAGGAAGUCGAAUGUAUAGUAGUCACAUGGAUAUUUAUAAAACGGCUCCGAAAUUGUCUUACAUCAAAGAAAAAACAGAAAAUUGUGUUAUACGUAGUGAUGAAAUGUAUACAGAUACCUCUUCUAAAAAUGGGUCCGUAUAUUCAAAUGAUCAAGAUUCUGUAUCACGGGCACAUAGUGUCGGUGACUUGUCAACAGGUUUGACCUUUUCUGUGGUAGGUCAGCGGAAAGCUGACAGUGUGCAUUCCUUAGCAAUUUCACAAAACUCAACAUUUAAACCAGUGACAGAAGACAAUGGAAAAGUAAAAAAAUCAGAAGGAAAGGUUUACACACACAGUGAUGCAAAACGGAAAGAAAGUGCCAGGAGAUGCAUUGAAAAUAAAAAAGAUUUACAGAAUACCCUACGUGAUUUAUUAUCUAACAUUUCUGAAAAGGAAAAACAGGCUUCCAGAGUUCAGAAUACAAGUAAUGAAAAAAGGGACAGUAGUACACCUGUUAAACCAAAGAGGGCAUUACCUUCUGUGCCUCAGGGUCAAGCUAAUGACCGCAAAAAACAUUAUACUGAAAUAGUCAAAAUGAGAAUGUCUCAACACAGUAGAUCAGGAGGUCAAAGUUCAUCAAGUGGAACUAGUUCUAGUGUACGAACAGUUCAGGACACUCCAUUAGACAAAGAGGUGUCAGACUUACUAGGUUCUGAAAGAGAAAGUUGUCCAGGAAUGUUAGAAAAUUCUAAAUAUUCGGAAAAAAAUGGCAAUACUUCAUCGCAUUUAAAUACCACCUCUCAUCAAGAUACUCUAAAUGUUUCUAUACCGUCAAGUUUAAGGUCAUGUGACUCAGGUCAAGCAACAAUUACCUCUCUGAGUAGUACCGUUGAUUCUGGUUACUUGACGAACGAUGCAGAUAAUGAUAUGUACUCAUCUGUUUCUUACACAAAGAGCCUGCAAAGGUCAGCGCAAAAUUUUUAUUCAAAGAAGGCCCCUGUUGUUCAUUCCCAAAGCUUACACAAUGAAACUGCCGCUUAUAAAAAGCAUCAUGGUUUACAAAAAGAGAGUGCAAUAGAGAAAGGACCAUUUGUUAAGGAAUCUAAACCUGUCAAUAUUGUUUGCAGUGUUGAAGGUCAAAGAACUGGUACCUUUCCAAGGUCAAGUCAGUCGAAGGAUUUAAAUACAAGUGACAUUACUCAGGAAAAUCAAAAAUUCAAACCUCAAAUCUGUGAUAAACUGGUUAAAUACUCAUCAAUGAAACAUUUGCCAACAAAUGACCUUUCAAUUGAAAGUCAGUGGUCACAAAAAAACAAUGUAACUGUAGGAAGUUCACAAAUUCAAAAUUAUAUGCCUGAAACUAAACAAGUGAUCAGAGUUCAGAGUGAAAUUCCUUUAAAAGAUGGUAAAACACUAAAUACUGAAACAUUGUCUCCUCCGUUUGAAGGUGAAGGUCAUGUUCCUGUGAUAGAAUCUCAUUAUAAUACACUGCCUGGCAACUGGAAAUUUCAGAAUAACCAAAAUAGUGAUUGUGGAUUUAACAAAUGUAAUCCAAGUUUAUACCAGCUCUCUCAAAGUUACCGCUUUAUACCAGUAAUUUUGACGAUUGGACUUGAAUAUAAUCUUUUAGAUCAUAUACAUUUAUGUGAAAGUUGUGUUGAAUUACAAAAUGUCAAAAAGACCCAAAAAAGGGAAUCUACUGCCAUGUCCCCGCCGCAGGGGAAGUAUGCUCGCCUUGGAGGUCCAGGAAGUGCAUUUAAACCAGUAAAAACAUUGAGUGCUGAUACAGCAAUAUAUUCUGUUAUUUCUGUUCAGGAAUUAUCAACUGUGUUCCAAAAUAAAGCUUUACUAAAAGGGGAUAUAUUGAUAGAGGUCAAUCAAAAGAUAGUACUUGGAGAGCCACUGAAUUCAGUAAGAGAUUUGAUAUCAAGUGCCUCAGGAGAACUGCUGUUGACUGUAGCUAGAACUCCAGAUCUUACUGCAAUAUCUACUCAAACAACCAAUGAAACAGCAGUACAGAAUGUACCAUCAACCAAUGAACACUCAGCAAUUAACCAUGUUCCUGUACAAAAUGGCAGUCAACCACCUAAAAAUCUUAUGGAUUCACAAGUAGAACAUUUAAAGAGACAAGUUGCCAAGUUAAAUGUAGAGCUGAAACGAAAAAACAAAGCCAUUCGUGAACUGAACUGUUUGUUGCCAUGGACACCAAAUGAUAACCAAUCAGAAAUAAAUGGAAACAAUGAUAUAACACUUAAUGGACUCAGUGAAGAUGAAUUUAUUGUUUAAAGCAUUAUUUUUAAUUGGACACCAAACAUCAAAUGAGACCUAAAACUUGAUGGAUAUUUUUAAGCUGAAUUUCUUGUUAAAAGCUUUAAAAUUUCAAAGAUUGGCUUCCCUUUUAUGGACACCAAAUCAAACAAAAAUCAGAAAUUAGCUGAGAAAAGAUAUUAUUGUUAACUACUACAUGACUAAAAUGAAGAUCUGUUUUUUGUUGAAAUGACAUUGUACAGUACUGCAGGUUUCUUGUCAGCAUAAAUGGUGUAGGAUUUCUAAUAUUUUGUAUUUUCCAUGGCAAAGCGAAAUUGUACUUUCCCCAUAGCUAAAUGAUCAGUUACUUUGAAAUACAUAUUGUUUAAAAACAGUGGAGACAAAACUUACUUUCACAGGGUAUAUUUUUAUGCUUGCAACAAAGGGGGAAUAACUCUAUCUUUUUUAUUAAAUGUAACCAAAGAUUGACGAAUUCCAGAUUACCAUGCUUUUCAGCACAAAUUUUGUUUGUUGCUGUCUUUAAGUAAAGAUGAAAGGUUGUGAAAAGGAUAACUUAUAAAAAUGAAAUAAGUAACAUUGAAAGUCAAUGAUAAUUUAUGAGUAUCUAUCACUGACUUGUGCUUUUUUUGUACAAAAUUGAUAUUAAGAGUUACCUCCCAUAUACUGUUUACACUAUUCAAUUUAAAAACAGUGAAAGUUUUUUUUUAUUUAAAGAUAUAUUUCAUCACUGAUAAAGUUGAAAUUUAUUUUCAAUUACUAAAAGAGAAAUAAAAUUAACUUUUUACGAUAUUCAUUAAUAAGAAUACAGGUAAAUGAAAUUGAGUUGUAUAUAUAUCCCUUUUGUAACAAGUUGAUUCUUGAUAAAAAUUGUGUUUUAAGAUUUUUUCCUCAACAACAACUAAUUUAAUCAAUGGAAAAUCAAGUCAAUUCAAUCCAUGAUACGGGGAUACAAUAGUGUUUUAAUAAUUUAUCCAACUGAGAAAAAAACAACAGGUGAUAAAGGCUUAGGCGUAUUCAUAGAAAAUAAAUUGUAAUCUUGAACACAGUGAUUGCAAGUACAAAAUUCUAGAUGAAAAUAUUUUUAUAAUAAAGGUUCUACAUCAAACCCUACUUGAAAUGAAAGAAGGGAAAUUGUUCAAUGAUUUUAUAUGAUUUUGUUUUCUUAGAAAUUUCUAGUCUUCUUAAACAAUUUUUUUAUCUUCCUAUUGUUAAGUUUUAAAAAUUCAAAACAGCAUUGUUUUUACACUACAGUAAAUCGGCUAAAAUGAUGAACAGGGGGUUAGAAAAAGGAUGUGUUUUGUCAAAGAUGAGCAUUUUUACCUCCCUCACAGUUGACAGGUCCUAAGAGGGGUGUUAAAUUUUUUUUUUAAAGUUUUUUAAUCUCCAUCCUAUAACUGGUGCAUAUGCUGGUAUGAUUAUAAGUGAAACAGAAAGGGUAUAUGACAAGUUUUGUUGUAUCAUAUGACACUUUCUAAAUAAAUUGUCAUUGCAUAACUAUGCAUACAUAAACUGUGAAAUCAAAAAUAUGUGGAGAGAAAGGGAGAUGAUGAAGUAACAGAGAAUAUUUAUUAUUAUUAUUAUUAUAUGUUUACAUAUAAAACUUCCAGAAUAAAUAUAUAAAUAUCUAGAA